AUGUCCAAAGUUUGUGUUCUGUGUGUGAAACCAUUGAUCAAAUGUCUGAGGUCCAGGAUAUCUUUGCACGUAUUUCCAGCGUGUCCGAAAAAACGGCAGAUAUGGCUCAACCAAUGUAGAUUAACGAACGAAGAAGUCUUACCAAACCGUAAAAUAUGCUCAUUUCACUUUGAGUCAACAUGUUUCAAAUCCAAUGCAAAGAAACGCAUACUUCACCCUGAUGCUGUACCAACAAUUUUUGUAAAUAGCCAUGUCAAAACAAUUGUGAAAGGAGGACCUAAAAAUUUCAAUAAGAAAGGGAUUGUCGGUCAGAAUCGUCGGUCUCAUGAUAUACCGUUAACAAGAGCUGCUAAAAAAAGGAUUUCCAGUCGAAAUUGUGUGUCUCAUGAAAUUUUACCAACAAACCCUCCUAUAGACGUAUCUGAUCAUGUAAAAAGUAUUGCAACAAAUCGAAAAAGAAAACUUGACGAUCAUGAUGAACCUAUCACGGAACUAAAAAAUAAUAAGUUAUCAUUUAUGUCAAUAUUGAAACUUGUUAAGAUUCAAAUGUCAUUGGCUAAAAGCAUAAAAUGA